UUUUAAAUUGUUGAACGAAAUUAUGAAAACAUGGUCGAAUUUGUUUCAUUAUUAAUGUAUAAAGUUCCACGGAAAGAUACGGAAAUUCUAUGGAUGAAAUUUGACGUAUAUUCAUUUUGUUUGCUGUUUAUGAAAAGUAAAGGAAAUAUGGAAUACAGGUGCGUCGAGUUUUAACGACUAUUCCCGGAGGAUAUCCAUGAGUAGGAGGAAAGACGAUGGGGUCAUGUGAAGUCGUAGGUGCAAUUAGCGGGGGCACACGGCGAACUUCCGGUGCUGCUUCACGCUACGGUGAACUGUUGGGAACCAAAUGCCAAGAUUGCAUUAUUGUUCUACACCGAUAGCCAGAGCCCGGAGUCUUCGACUGCCCAAUCGACGUAAAGGCCAGGUGUGUCUUCCCUCGGCCCUGCACCAAAACGAGGGCUCUUGGGAUCCGCGCUAACCUCCACUGCAUGGAUCGUAACUUGCAUAGAACCAGAGAUACAACUGCGGAAAGAAAUAAAAAAUUAUCAAACGCCAGCGACUCGAAGAGCGUCCAGCUCCUUAUAAUGGUCCCUGUUACGAUGUCCAGCGGGCGAUGUGACUCCGCCAGAAAUGCUUCCGCCCUUUUUUCGCCUCGGGGUCGUCGACAAGGAUACUUCGAUGCUGGCCAUCUGCAGAAAGACGUUUGUUCUAAUUCGUUGAGAACAAUGAUGUUCUAUCGUCGUCAGUGCUAAACGAGUCGAAAGCUUCGCGAUGGAGGACGAUCGUACGGAAUAAUCGUUAGUGAAUGGAACAGUUGUUUGGAAGAACGAUUCGAUAAAAGAUCGAUACGGUGUUCGUAAGCUGGUUUUUAUUUUUCUGGACUGUUGGCCUUGUUUUGAUCGCCGCAAGAACCUUUCGAGGGAGAGGAAGCCAUCUCUACGGACACUUCGAUUCGUCAACGAUUAGGAUGAAUCUGUUCUUACGUUGCCUGGACAGCGACAUGCAGGUACGAUGUGCCGCUUGGAGAACCGUCAGGAUCAUCCUGCUUUAAUGUGGUUAUUGCGUAAUGAAAGGAGGAGAAUGCAGAACGGCAGAGGAGGCUAGAUGAGCAGACUGGUGUGUGUGUAGAAUACUAAAAAGUACGGGAACGCAAAUCGCCGGAGGGAAAGUGAAAACAAGCACAUGUGUGAAAGAAUACGCGGUCCAACCUUGGCCCGCCAUUUUAGCGGCAUGGUCCUUUGGGCCACUGUAUUAUUCCUUCAAGGAGCUGGUUUCGUCGGAUCGGUGACGGGUAUUCCUGGCGUUCCAGAAAAUAUCACAGUGAUGUUUCUGAACCCGACGUCUGUCCGCGUAUCUUGGAGCACCAGUCAAGUCGAACAAGUCGAGAAAUACGACGUCACGUACAAACCAACCGAUGCCAGGAAACACAACGACAGUUACAGGGUGGUGGCGGAGGUCGCAGGGAAUAGCGAAGCUGUAACCUUGAGCGGUCUCAGGGCUGACACGCAAUACCAACUCAUCGUCACUGCAGUCAGAGCAGGCAAAAAAUUUCGAAGUCGACCCAUCGUCUUCCGUACACUCGAGCCGCCACGAACAUCCCCUCAACAGGAUGCAGCGGUAACUGGAGGCCCUCUUCCUCCUCCUCCACCUUCUUCACAACAACCUCAACCCUACAUACAAGUCCGUGGCGUAGAAGUGGGUAUAGUGGUGUUGGUGUUGAUCUUUUGGGCGGGCGCGAUAGCGCUGUUCUUCAAUCGUUGGGGCAAGAUUCGCAUGUUGCUGCCAUAUCAGCCUGACUACAAGGAACAAUUAAAGGUUCCUGGCACUGGGGUAUGCGCAGCGGCGAACGUCCCAUACACGCAACACCCGACUCAACACACAUGCUCUCAGCAUCUGCACUGGUCGAACCAUCACGUGGACUCGUUGGAUAGCGGGGGAGGAUUGGGGUGGCCGAGAACCUCGAGGCCGCGAGUGAACAGCGCCAUCGACGUAGCCGGCUUCCUAUCCCAGGAAUUUUUACGGCGUCAUGGUUCAACGUCAAAAUUGUGCCGAAAGGUUCGCAGUGCAGAUAACUUGCCACUGGCGUCGACGAAUCGACAACAAGAUCAACGGACUUCGAAAGAAGACGGCAUCGAUGGCGACAAAGAGUCCUUCCUGAAACCAACGCAAGAAGAGAAAUGCGAAGAUCCAGAGUCGAAGAAACAGAAUUGCGUCGAGAGCAUAUCGAAGGAUACGCCGGAAGUCUCGUUGCUCGAUCCAAACAAUCAACAACAGUCUUCAAGGGAUUCCCCAAUGGCGUCGUCGUCGUCGUUCGUUGGUCGACGUUUCGGAGGAUGGCGAGCCGGCGGAAGUCACGAAUAUGUUCGAUGUCCUGUACGACAACCAGCUUCCAUGGACGAGCGGUGUUAUCGGCGAUCUUACGAUAUCGACGCUCGUCUACCCCGUUAUUUCCACUAUCAUCGACGCGCCGGGAUCGAACGACACUCGAAAAGCUGCGACUACGCGAGACGCACGCCCGAGUCGAGCACCGACGUUCAACAUUUUGGUCUGCCCAUUCUCAGCAUCAGCGAGCCCAGCCCGUCGGACGAAAACAACCGGGUGGACGAUUAUUUGUAGGACUUGCCUGCCGAGGACUCCCUGAAGGAGCUCCUCGUGUGACCCAACAUGAUCACUCUGUUACUUCGCGUGAUCCCGAAGCUUCGCGUAUACGCCGCAGUUUUAAGGUAAACUCUCGAAGCAAGGACUCUUUCGAUCGUGUCGGCAAGGAAAACGCAACGUUCUCGGUGACGCGAUCUCGUUGUUUCGGGGCGGUGAUUCCCUUGUCUGAUCGCGACGAGUGCGCGGGAAGAAAUUCACCGUCAUGCACGGCGUUUACAUACUUCGUGAAACUCACUGUGGACGACUUUGAGGAAAGAUUUUUAAUUUUACAUUUGUACGUACACGUAGAAGAUAUCCCCGGUCGUACGAUGGUGCGUUUGUGAACGGAAACUUUCUGUUAUAACGCGCUGUAACAUCGAUCAAAAUCGAUAGUAAAGUUGUCGAUUGUGUAACGUGUAUUCGCGGCGCUAUCGAUUGCCACCGAUAAUAUUCAUAUCUUGUGUACAAAUUCGAAGCGAGAUUGAUCGACCCGCAAACAGUGUGUAAUUACGCCACGAACGUAAAAUUUCAUUUUGUACGAAUUGUGACAUAUCCAAAAUCUCGUUCGAGAGAUAAAUAUUACAAAGAUCACCAAAUAAAUGCAUACGAAAAAUUACAAUCCCGCUUCGAAUCGACAGAUUAGAAGAAACUACUUACGACGAAUAACGAUUGAAAAUACCACGAGUGACGUGAUACGAUUAAUCGUGUAAUGUCAAUUGUGCAGACGUUUAACGUACGAAGUUCCGGUUUAAAGAGGACGCUCUAAAUAUCCUUCGUCUCCUUUGACUCGAGCAGGUUAUAUUUAUUCCAAAAUAUCCCGUUCUACGAUGUAAUGGAUGUUUCGUGUGAUUUGUAAAGACCACGUGUGUCCCGGUGUACGCUGUUCUGUGUCUCUCCUUUUCCUUUUCAUGCUUCCGUGCGACAUUGUUAACCGGCAAUCGAUGGAAAACUACUCAAAUACAGCGCGAAAACACUGUUGGAUACUGUAAUCACUGUAACAGGCAUUUUUAACGCGAUCGUAAAUAUCUUUGCGAUCAGACUUUGCGUUAACUUUCUACCGAACGAAAUUACGCGUCCAUUUUGUAUUCGUCGCGUGUUCCGUACUCGAUCAAAGCUGUUAGAAUUGUUUACGUUCGCGGGAUUAUUAUUUAAAUAACAUUACGUAUCGCUAAAGAGCUAGUUUUCAACGAUAGGUGGGAUUAUAAGAGAAAAGUGGCUUAUCGAAGACACGGACAAUUUGGCAACACGCGAAACGCUAUAACGCGACGUCGUGUUGGUCGUCGGGCAUACUACACAAUGAUGACUUGAUGGCUAGGCACGCCGAUUGGCCGUAGCGUAAUAGCGACGUUUGCUCUCACACGCAUUGUCAUUAUUGGCUGAGUCGCUCACGACUGCAAUUCCAUCGCGUGACAAAUGACGCGAACGAAACGUAUAGGGGCAGAGUCGGAUAGGACAAGACUGAGAGGAAUUGGCGUAACCGUACGCUCGAUAUACUAGCCAUGAAUAGAACAAAUGUGUAUCUCUCGUGGUUAUGGAGAUCCUACUACUAUGUGGGAAUAAGACGGCGCGUAAACCUCUCCUUGCCCUUGCCCCGUUUAGUUUGUGGGUGCCUAGCCAACAAGUCAACUCUGGAUAGUAGAUGACGCGACUAAUAGAAAAGAAUCACGAUGAAAGCUUUACGCGUGACCAGGGACUGAUUUAAGCGCAGUGUAUAUAAAAGAUAGACAAAGAAUACUAUCAAAUAAUAUAUUUUUUAGUUUAUUGAAAGAGUAUAUUAAAAUUAGAAAAUGAAAGAGAACGUUUCAUUCUCUCAAUUUUUAUAAUAAAAGGAAAUAUAUCAUUUGAGGACUAGUUUGGUAAAAGAAACGCUUUUAAUAUCUCUCUGCUUACUUUGCAGAUCAAUUAACGCCAAGAAAUAAACAUUAUCGAGAAGAAUAUCAAUUACUAGACUGUGAGAAAUUCACCGUUGCGUUUAAUUCGAUGAUUUCAGCCAAAUUAUUUAAAUAUUUCUAUAAUCACUGAAUUACGUUUUGAAGAAUUAGUAUCGAAUUCUGCGAACACAGCGUGGACAGUUUGAACAGGAAAUUUGAAAUAAUGCGUAAAUUAAAACACGUUCCCUAUCAAACAUGACACUCCAUAUUAUACCCAGUCGUGUAGUUUAAGGAAACUGUUUUUUAUCGAUGCUCAAACGCAAAGAUCGACCAAAGUCAAUAUUACACAUCCUGUUAGACGACGCAGUAACGACUUCGAAUAAAUUCUUAUGUGAAUCGUCCUUCCGUUUGAUAAAUUUUUAGCAACGAAAGUAACCCUCCUAUAACACGGUAGAUGGGUUCCUAGAAAAUGUCGUGUUGUGUGAAACCGUGUUAUAUGAGAUCCAGAGCCAAUAUACAAAGGGGAGUUACGAUCCGAAAACUUAUUAAAAACAAAUUUUUUUUUUAAUUCUACGUAAGCAACUUAAUUUUUAUGAAAAAU